AUGUACAUUCCUACUAGCACUGCGAGGCUCAAGGCCACCUUCGGCUUUUCAGCCCUCUUGGCCCUAGCAGCACUUUCAACAGUCCAGGCUCAGCAACUCUGCUCGCCACAACUCUGCAUCACUGCAACGGUGUUCUCAAAGGAGAGCACCACCAUCGAGUUCUCGCUGUCUGCUCAGAUUGAUUCUGUUGGCUGGGUUGGAAUGGGCAUUGGUGGACAGGCUGGUGGCAUGGCUGGCAACGAUCUCGCCAUUUGCUGGCCAGCAAACGCAGCAGGAACAGGAGCAAUAGUCUCACAGAGAUCAGCAACCAUGAACGGACCCCCUUCUCCCCUGACAAACCCGCCCGCGUUUAAGAUCCAAACCCCCAAAUCCGGAUUCAUCACCACCGCCACCCCAAAGCGGUUCACUUGCACCUUCUCUCGACCCCUUAAUCUCGCCACAUCCCCCAUCGCCGCAACUGCAGCAUCAGUCCACAUAAUCUAUGCUGUAGGACUCAAACCCGUCGUUGCGGGCGCAGGAGGAGACCCACAGAAGGCGAGUAUUCAGCAGCACACGUUUACCGGAUUUGGAUCCUUGGAGAUUACCAAGAAGGAGGGGGCCAGCGCAGGGAAUGGAACGGCGACGACGGCGAGUGCGGUUCCUGGUGCGACACAUACUCCUGGGACUGGUAGCAAUGGCGGAGGGAGUACGUCACCAAACGUUGAAGAAAUUUUGGAGACGCAGGAGCAGAUUGAUACCCUCAUCAAAGUCCAUGCUUCGCUGGUCCGGUUCUUCAGCCAUCUUCAACAUGUCUUCAAAUGGCACAGACCCCUCCAAGUCACAGGAUUCCUCACCGUCCUUGCAGCCUUUGGCUGUAUCCUUGCCGCGCUCGCCAAGUCCUCUUCCCUCAACAAUGGCGCACCCAUGGUCUACUCUACCCACGCAAUCGUCGGGCUUGUUCUUGUCGGCGCCUUAGUCCUUCAGGUGAUCGUCGGGGUCUUUAUUUUCACAAAUUAA